AUGAACCCGGACUCCAACCUUCGCAGGUCCAACAUGUGGGAGCGGCUCUCUCUGCACAAACUGGGCGGCUGGCUGAAGAAGGACGAGGCUGGAGCCCCGCAGCCUGAGGGCGACCAGCAAGAGCCUGGUGACGAGAAGUCCCAGGAAAAGCUGAACAAACGCUCGUCCCGCAAGGUGGUGCCCGGCUUGCCCCGGCCAGCCACCUUCAAACGACAGGAGUCCGAGCGACGAGACAGGCUGGUGCCCUACGAACCGGGCCAUGACGAGCGCAGAGCCAUUUCGUCCGAGCCGCGAGCCCAGUCCGUUGAUCGCCAGAGCGUAGGCACAUCCAAACGUGCCCACUCUCCCCCACCCAGGUUCCAUCAUCGCUCCUCCGCUCCCGAGUCCCUAAGCCCCUACGCUUCCGACCCCCAUGAGUCGUUCAUGCAGCACGGCUAUGCCCCACCUAAGCGCAACGAUCGACCCGAUGAUGAAGACACUGCUUCCAUGGCCUCCCAAGGCCGCGGGGACUUCCCGCCCCCGCUCUCAACGACCGGUCCGCAGUCGGAUAACGAUGGCACGUCCGACGGCGUCGAUGAGCUGGUCAUACAGCAGGAACUGGAUGCGAAGUGGAUUCUGAACCUCAGCAUGCACUUCAGAGACAUGUCUGACCGGGAGAAGUUCUUCGUAACUUAUGCUGAGCAGCCCAAUAGGUGGAGGAGAGUGACCGUGUCUAUCGACUUCCGUGAUGCUGAACCGGAAUCCCUGGAGGCUGACCUCAAGAGUUUACACUACCAGCGGGACAAAAGCGCCCGCAUCUAUGAAAGCAUCCGGGACUCGCUGCCCGACAUACAGUUUUACGAGACUGUUACCAACCUGAAGCUGGAAACCCGUGAGGGCCGCCUUCACGUUCACGUCACUGAAGACAUGAACGAGAUCAUCCCCUACCCGUCCGUAUCUGCCAUCACCCACCUGGAUUGCCCUAUGUUCCGCGAAAGUGAUGUCAACUUUGAGUCUCAUUUGUCUGGUUUCGUUUAUAAAGUCUCUGUCCACGGCCAGGUCUACAUCAAGAAAGAGAUCCCCGGCCCUGAAUCUGUCGAGGAAUUUCUCUACGAAACAAACUGCCUCAGCCGAGUGCGCGGCGCUCAUAGCGUCAUCCAAUUUGCAGGCGUCAUUGUCGAUGACAGACGCCAGCUCGUCACUGGUCUUUUGAUCGAUUUCGCCGAAAAGGGCGCUCUUGUGGAUUUACUGUACGACUGGAAGAAUACUGCCGAAAUGACCUGGCCUCGACGGGAAAGAUGGGCUAAGCAGAUUGUCCAAGGCCUAUCUGAGAUCCAUGAGAGUGGCUUCGUCCAAGGAGACUUCACUCUAUCGAACAUUGUCAUUGAUGCUGAUGACGAUGCCAAGAUCAUCGAUAUCAACAGAAGAGGAUGUCCCGUGGGAUGGGAGCCACCUGAGCUGGCAAGGCUCAUCGAAGCAGGCCAGAAGAUCAGCAUCUACAUCGGUGUUAAGUCUGACCUGUUCCAGCUCGGCAUGGUCCUGUGGGCGCUCGCUGAGCAGAAGGACGAGCCAGAGCGUGAAGAGCGCCCACUCCUGUGGACCCAGGCCAACAAGCAAGUUCCGGACUACUUCAAGCGUCUUGUCGAAGCAUGCCUAUGCGAGGAACCACGUGGCAGACCCUCUGCGAAAGAACUGCUCUCCCAGUUCCCUGAGAUCGACCUCGAGGCCUCGAGGCCUGCGACCACCUCCAGACAUAGUCUGUGCACACAUCGCUCGGAUAAGGAGUAUAUUGAUCCUCGCACUGCCGUUGGCCGUGACGACAUCGAUCAACACAGGCGUUCUCCUGAGCGCGACAACCAAAUGUCAAGCGUCAAUCCGUCGAGCGCUAAUCUCACGGAUGUUUUCCCUCCUACUGAAUAUGAUGCCCACAGCUCCGGGUCGUAUGUUGUGGCACAGCGUCACGGACCAACUUCGGACACAAGGCAAACGCCAGAAUACUCCCCUUACGUCCGCGCAUCCUCCAAUGUGUCACUGAACGAUAGUGAGCUAGAGAAUGACACCACGUCACUUUCUAGUCAACCUGAAAGGUGGGAACAAGUCUACAUCGAUGGUGACACACGACUUGUCAAUCGUGGUGGCCCACUUGGAAUCGAUGAGCAUGAGUUCCCAGCCCACGAACAAAGCACUGCCUGCAUACCAACUCCCAGGGGUGAGCAAACCGAUCCAUUGCGUCUGGAUCUGUCAGAACCCGGACCCGAAGCACACUCACCAGAGCUCGCUGGGAUAGGUUGUGACCGCGACCUGCCCCCACCACCAUUGCCAUUCCUCUCCAACCAUCGUGCUUCUUUCCUCGACCGAAUUCAGCAACGGAACUCACACAAUGUUGAUGUGUUAGCCGGAUUGGUUCCGCAAGUCCAGGGACUUUAUGAGAACAGGAACAACGAUCUGUUCUCACGAGAUCGCUUCGGUCCUCCAACCCACCAGGAUUCUGGAUUCGGCGACGGCGACAUGGACACCGUUCUUCUCGGACUCUCUUCUCCUGAAACACACCUACCUGAUCAAAUAGACGAUUUCGAUCUUGGCCUCGAAUCACAUGACGAGUUCAGCCUUGAGCGGCCCAGCUGUUCUAUACCAGAUGACAGAGACAACCUACCAUUGGGCCGCCGCACAUCAGCCAAUACUGUUAGAGAUAAUCGAUCUUCGAUAACAACAACCGUUCCCGAGAGCUACAGGCCUGUAUUCUCGUUGGAUACCGCUUCAGCGUCUCCGCCUGCACAUGAGUCGACGCCCGAUCUCACCCUUAUGGGAUUGACAGGGUCUGGUGGAGAACCGCUCGCCGAUGAACAUGAUACUACCAUGAAUGGCCACACCUCCAGUGCUUCAAAUGUUUACGAUGAGCAUCACGACGGCAUGAAGGAUCCGCACUUCCACCUCGAUCGCUGUGAUCACCAUCCACUCUCGACCUCUUCGGUUGCGAAUUCCGCUGUGUGGUUCCCGUGGAUGAGCCGCGCCGAAGGUCAAUCCGCGUCUUCUUGA